AUGGAAAAGAAUGUGGCACCAGGAAUACAAGAAGACUUGGCAGCAACAACCUAUGUUACACAGAUGUUACAUCUUGCUUCAAGUAUACUUGCAGGAGGUACCAUUAUAGUGGACAACAUGCUGAUCAAAGGGACUGCUGGAGGACCAAAUCCCACCAUUGAACUCUCUUUGAAGGACAAUGUGGAUUACUGGGUGUUGCUGGAUCCUGUGAAACAAAUGCUUUUCCUAAACAGCACUGGCAGAGUUCUGGAUAGAGACCCACCAAUGAACAUACACUCUAUUGUGGUACAAGUCCAGUGCAUCAACAAAAAGGUGGGCACUGUUAUCUACCAUGAAGUACGUAUCGUGGUGAGAGACAGGAAUGACAACUCGCCCACGUUCAAGCACGAGAGCUACUAUGCUACUGUGAAUGAGCUCACUCCAGUUGGCACCACGAUAUUUACAGGGUUUUCAGGAGACAAUGGAGCUACAGACAUAGAUGAUGGCCCAAAUGGACAGAUAGAAUACCUUAUUCAAUAUAACCCCAACGAUCCGACCUCCAAUGAAACCUUUGAAAUUCCUCUCAUGCUGACUGGAAAUGUAGUAUUAAGGAAAAGGCUCAACUAUGAAGAUAAAACUCGUUACUUUGUCAUCAUCCAAGCUAAUGACCGUGCACAAAACCUGAAUGAACGGCGAACCACCACCACCACGCUCACGGUGGAUGUUCUGGAUGGAGAUGACUUGGGGCCAAUGUUCCUUCCUUGUGUUCUCGUGCCAAACACUCGUGAUUGCCGCCCAGUCACCUAUCAAGCCGCCAUACCAGAAUUGAGAACUCCG